AUGCCCAGUUCUAGUUCUGGCACUCCCUUGGCAUGCCCUGGCUGCAGGCCUGCCUCCAUCGCAACCCUUUUUCGAUCCAUCUCCAAUGGUAUCGAUUGGGGCGUCGCCGCGGAGAGCCUUGCAACCAUUGACCCUUUCUGGUCACUUCUGUUCUAUUUUUACAUAGCUUUCAUAAGCUUUGCUGUAUUAAAUGUCAUGACGGGGGUGUUCUGUAAUUCGGCAAUAAAAGCAGCUGAGCGCGAUCACGAGAUGGUCAUUCAUUCACUGCUGCAGAGUCGCAAGGAAUUCAAAGAGUUGGUGUCCAAUCUUUUCCAAAGGAUCGACGACUUGGGGCUUGGAAUGAUCACGAUCUCUGAAUUUGAGCGACACUUCAACGACGAAGCUGUCAGGGCCUUUUUUGAGUCGUUGGAGAUGGGGGCGGUCGAUGCCUGGACGUUGUUCGCCAGUCUGGAUGCCGAUGGCGACAACGUGAUCAGCUUGCGGGAUUUCACAGAGCGAUGCAUUCAACUGCACGGUCCUGCCAGAUCUGUGGAUUUGUACGCAUUGACGCAGCAAAAUGUCAAACUUCGACAGCAUUUACAAGCCAUUGAAGAUCUCCAGCUUGAACUGGAUCGACAUGUCCGUUCAGGGCGUGGGACCCGUGAGGACGCUGCAGGCUCGCGACAAAGAGACCAGCAGGAGAUGCUGCCAUCUCAGCCGUUUGUGUCGGAAAAGCGAGAAUCCGAAGGGACACAUUGCCGAGUCUGA